AAAGAAAAACGUCAUAAGCACGGCAACCAGAUUACCGAAAAGUGUUGUGAUUUUCAGUCUACCGGAAUUUUUACUAAAAUUUAAUCGGUUUUUUGUAUGCUAAUUCUGUUGAAAACUUCGUAGAAUCAUGCCGAAAGAGCAAUUCCGCGAAGCGGAUGUCAUCAAAAAGAUAUCCCACGUUUCUUUCGGCAUCGACAGUGCGGAGUUGAUUCAGCAGGAAGCCCAUCUCCAUGUCGUGGCGAAGAAUCUGUACAAUCAGGAUGCCAACCGGACGCCGGUCACUUACGGGGUGCUGGACCGUCGAAUGGGCGUCAGCCAGAAGGACGCAACGUGCGACACCUGCAAGAAGGGCCUGAACGAUUGCGUGGGCCAUUUUGGUUAUAUCGAUUUGGCCCUGCCGGUGUUUCAUGUUGGGCACUUUCGGGCCACCAUUACGAUUCUGCAAUCGAUCUGUAAGGUUUGCUCGCGGGUAAUGCUGAAAGAGGACGAGAAGAAGCAGUUCAGCGCCCGGUUGAUGAAUCCGAAUCUGUCGUAUUUGGCAAAGAAGUCCAUCCAUAGUCAGGUGCUGAAGAAGGCCAAGAAGAACACCAAAUGUCCGUAUUGUGGAAGCCUUAAUGGACCGGUUAAGAAAGGAGCUGGAUUGAUGAAGAUCGUGCACGAGCCGUUCCGCGGCAAGAAGGCAACGGAUCCUUUGGUGACCAAUGCCCUGGAGGUGAUGAUGUCGGCUAUUGAAGGAAAUCGGGAACUCUCACAGACAAUUGGACCGUCUUCGCUAAUGAAGGAAUUGAAUCCGGUCGAGGUGCUCGACUUAUUCAAGAAUAUCCCCAAAAGCGACAUUCCCCUGCUGGGAAUGACCUCCCCAGAAUCGAACCCGGCAGAUCUGAUUGUGACGCGGGUUUUUGUUCCUCCGGUUUGCAUUCGGCCAUCGGUGGUUUCCGAGGUGAAGGCCGGCACCACGGAGGACGAUUUGACCAUGAAGCAAAGCGAGAUUCUGCUGAUCAGUGAUGUCAUCGCCAAGCAUAUGAUGUCCGGCGGAAAGAUCGAACUCAUCCAGGAGGAUUGGGACUAUUUGCAGCUGCACUGUGCGCUGUACUUCAAUAGUGAGCUGUCCGGAAUUCCGCUGUCGCUGAUGCCCAAAAAGCCGACUCGCGGAAUUGUGCAGCGUUUGAAGGGCAAGCAGGGUCGAUUCCGAGGAAACUUGUCCGGCAAGCGAGUGGAUUUCUCUGCACGUACCGUCAUUUCACCGGAUCCCAAUCUGAUGAUUCAUCAGGUGGGAGUUCCGGAUCGAGUGGCAAAAAUCCUCACCUUCCCAGAGCGAGUCAACACGGCCAAUAUUAAUAAAAUGCGUCAGCUGAUCAAAAACGGCACGGAGAAGCACCCGGGAGCGAACUACGUCCAGCAGAAGGGCAGUGCCUUCAAGAAGUACCUAGCCUACGGCAAUCGGGACAAAGUGGCUCAGGAUCUGAAAUGCGGCGACAUCGUAGAGCGGCACUUGAUGGAUGGCGACGUGGUGCUUUUCAACCGUCAGCCCAGCUUGCACAAGCUCAGUAUCAUGUGUCACGUGGCCAAGGUGCAACCCCAGCGGACGUUCCGUUUCAACGAGUGUGCCUGUACGCCAUACAAUGCCGAUUUCGACGGCGAUGAAAUGAAUCUGCAUCUGCCGCAAACGGAGGAGGCUCGAGCGGAAGCGUUGGUGCUGAUGGGGAACAAAUCUAAUUUGGUAACUCCUCGUAACGGCGAGUUGCUGAUUGCUGCCACCCAGGAUUUCAUCACCGGCGGUUAUCUGCUCACACAAAAAGACCAGUUCCUAACCCGUGAACAAGUGAUGCAGUUGGCCGCUUGUAUGCUCUCUGGGCCGGAUGCCAACAUGGAGAUUGACCUUCCCAAACCGGCCAUCAUUAAACCGCGAAAGAUGUGGACAGGAAAGCAGAUCUUCAGUUUGAUCCUCAAACCCAACAAGGACUGCAUAGUGAAUGCGAAUCUCUCGACCAAGGGUCGAAACUACACGGCCGGAAAGGACAUGUGCGUGAAGGAUUCCUGGGUCGUGAUUCGCAAUUCGCAGCUCAUGUGCGGUGCCAUGGACAAGGGUACGAUGGGUUCCGGUACCAAGAACUGCAUUUUCUAUGUCAUCCUGAGAGAUUUCGGUGAAGAAUACGCCAUCCGAUCGAUGUGGCGCCUUGCUCGAAUGGCUUCGUACUUUAUGAUGAACCAUGGGUUCUCGUUCGGUAUCGGAGAUGUAACACCUAGUCGGAAACUGCUUCAAGAAAAGCAAAAGCUGCUCGAAAAUGGUUAUAGUCGAUGUGAUGAGUACAUUGCCGAAAUGAAGAAAGGUACCCUGCAGUGUCAACCGGGUUGUACGGCAGAGCAGACACUGGAGGCGGUUAUGCUGAAGGAACUCUCUAGUAUUCGAGAGUUGGCUGCCAAAGCGUGCUUCCGUGAGCUACAUCCCACAAACAGCGCCCUCAUUAUGGCCCAGUCCGGUUCGAAGGGUUCCAAUAUUAACAUCUCGCAGAUGAUUGCCUGUGUCGGUCAGCAGGCCAUCAACGGCAAGCGGGUCCCUAACGGAUUCGAAGAUCGUGCUCUACCACACUUUGAGAAGUUCUCGAAAAUCCCAGCGGCCCGCGGUUUCGUACAAAACAGCUUCUACUCGGGCCUUACGCCGACCGAAUUCUUCUUCCACACCAUGGCCGGUCGUGAAGGUCUGGUCGACACGGCCGUCAAAACCGCUGAAACUGGUUACCUGCAGCGUCGGUUGGUCAAGUGUCUGGAAGAUCUGGUAGUCCAGUACGACGGUACCGUCCGGAACGCAAUCGGUGAGGUCGUCGAGUUCACCUACGGUGCCGACGGACUGGAUCCCGUCUACAUGGAAAUCAAGAACAAACCGGUGGACAUCGAUCGACAGUUUAUGCACGUUCGCAGCGUGUAUCCAUGUCGGAACGAAGCUCCGUUGAAUGGCAACGAAAUAGUGCCGGUGGCCGAAGAGAUCCUCAAGAAGUCCGAUUUCGAUGGCAGUCGAGCGGAUUUCCGGAAGGAGUGUCUCGAAUUCCUCUCCAAGUUCGGCCAACGGCUGGACCAGAUCCAGAAGCGCUACCGCCACUGUUCAAAGGUGUCGCUUGAAGUGGAGCGUACCACACGUGGUCAGUUGGAAGCGUUCCUCACCCAGGUGCGGAACAAGUACAACAAAGCCAUCACCGAGCCGGGAACGGCCGUCGGAGCGCUGGCCGCUCAGAGUAUCGGUGAACCCGGUACGCAGAUGACGCUCAAGACGUUCCAUUUUGCCGGUGUCGCAUCGAUGAACAUCACCCAGGGUGUGCCGCGUAUUGUGGAAAUUAUCAACGCCACCAAAGCGAUUUCCACCCCGAUCAUAACGGCGGAGAUCGAAGACAACACCAGUAUGGAGUUCGCUCGGAAGGUGAAGGCUCGCAUCGAGAAGACCACGCUAGGGGAGAUAUCGUCAUAUAUUGAGGAGGCGUACAAAUCCGAUGACUGUUUCUUGCUGAUCAAGCUUGAUUUGGACCGAAUUCGGGUGCUCGGGCUGGAGGUCAACGCGGAGACCAUUCGAUACUCAAUUUGCACAUCCAAGCUGAAGCUCAAACAGGAGAACGUCGAAGUGUACGGUCCAUCGCUGAUCAUCAUCCGGCCGGAUCCCUCGAAGCACAGUCACGCCCUGAAUGCCGAGCUGCAACGAUUGCUGACAGCGAUCCCGAACGUGGUGGUUGCUGGGCUUCCGCAAGUGUCCCGUGCCGUCAUAGCCGUUGACGACUCACGAGGCCCUCCAACGUACAAACUGUGCGUCGAAGGAUACGGCCUCCGUGACGUGAUGGCAACCUAUGGGGUCGUGGGCGCCCGGACCAAGAGUAACAACAUCCUGGAGGUGUACGUAACGCUCGGAAUCGAAGCCGCCCGGACGACGAUCAUGAACGAAAUAACAGAUGUUAUGGAAGGUCACGGCAUGAGUGUGGACCAUCGGCACAUUAUGCUGCUGGCCAGUCAGAUGACUUCGCGCGGUGAGGUGCUGGGCAUCACCCGUCAUGGUUUGGCCAAGAUGCGGGAAUCAGUGUUCAAUUUGGCUUCGUUCGAGAAAACGGCAGACCACCUUUUCGACGCGGCUUACUACGGUCAAACGGAUUCGAUUGACGGAGUUUCGGAACGGAUCAUUCUCGGAAUGCCGGCCGCCAUUGGGACGGGGCUGUUCAAGCUGAUCCACAACCACACGGACACCAAGCUGGAGGAAGUAGUGGAACCGAUUUUCAACGCUACGUGACAUUGGCCUUCAUUGUUUUAGUUUUUAGAGUAAAGAAGGUAUUUAUUGUAAUAUUGAUAUUCCUAUUCCUACAAUGUAGAAAUGAACGAGCACUAUGAAAAAAAAUAUUGGAAAUAUAUGUAUAGUUAUUAAA